AUUCGAAAUAUAUAAAAUUAAAAAAUGGAGGGAGGUUGUGGCGGUGCGUCUCUCCUAGCUGCGCGCAACGCAAGCGGAGGACUCUCCAGUUCGUCGGGGCUCCGGACCCGGAGGCCCAGGCCCAACUUCUUACCGACAAUGCCGGUCAUUGCUUAGGCCAAUCUGUUGUUCGACCCCCAAAUAUUUGGGCGGUAAUCCGAAUUCCCCGGCCGCGCUCUCGUCUAAAAUUAUUUCCCUCAUUUUCUUUCCAUCUUCUUCCUCUUUUGAUUCCGCAUUCCUUGAACCGCACGCAAACGACCGGAUCGUGAUUCCGUAUAGCUUUGAACGCCACCGCAGAUAGUAGACCAAUGCAGGUUGCGGUGUUUUGGGGUUGAAAACGGCGGCGUUUUGGGGUCACGUUGGUUGGGAGAAAUGGAUUCGGCAAGGCAGUGGUUCCAGAAGCUUCAGCCGCGGGAUAAGGUGAGGAGCUACGCGAGAAAGAAGGACACGGUGGGCGGCGAAGACGGGUCGAAUACGGAUGACGAGGCGCUGUCCAGUGUCACCAAGCAGAAGGCCGCGGCGGCCAAGCAGUACAUUGAGAAUCACUAUAAAGAGCAGAUGAAGAAUCUCCAGGAGAGGAGAGAAAGACGGAAUACGUUGGAGAAGAAGCUGGCCGAUGCUGAUGUGUCGGAGGAGGAUCAGAACAAUCUUCUCAAGUUUUUGGAGAAGAAAGAGACCGAGUACAUGCGGCUUCAGAGGCAUAAGAUGGGAUGUGAUGACUUUGAGUUGUUGACUAUGAUUGGCAAGGGUGCAUUUGGUGAGGUUCGUGUCUGCAGGGAAAAGACGACAGGUUCUGUAUAUGCCAUGAAAAAGCUUAAGAAAUCAGAAAUGCUUCGUAGAGGCCAGGUUGAGCAUGUAAAAGCCGAAAGGAAUUUGCUUGCUGAGGUGGACAGCAAUUGCAUUGUCAAGCUCUAUUGUUCUUUUCAAGAUGAUGACUAUCUUUAUCUUAUAAUGGAAUAUUUACCUGGAGGAGAUAUGAUGACUUUACUUAUGAGAAAGGAUAUUUUGACUGAAGAUGAGGCUAGAUUUUAUGUUGCCGAAACGGUUUUGGCUAUUGAGUCUAUCCAUAAACACAAUUAUAUUCAUAGGGAUAUUAAGCCAGAUAAUUUACUACUCGAUAGAUAUGGACACUUGAGACUGUCAGAUUUCGGAUUAUGCAAACCAUUAGACUGCAGUACAAUUCAUGAAGACUUCUCAGUGGCAAAUAACGCCAAUGGUUCUGGACAAAAUGAUGACCGUCCCGCAGCUCCGAAACGCACACAACAAGAGCAACUGCAACAUUGGCAGAAGAAUAGGAGAAUGCUAGCUUAUUCAACUGUUGGUACACCUGACUAUAUUGCCCCGGAAGUUCUGUUGAAAAAAGGCUAUGGAAUGGAAUGUGAUUGGUGGUCACUUGGUGCUAUUAUGUAUGAAAUGCUUGUCGGUUACCCUCCAUUCUAUUCUGAUGAUCCAAUGUCAACUUGCAGGAAGAUAGUAAACUGGAAAACUCAUUUGAAAUUUCCGGAAGAAGCCAAGCUAUCUCCAGAGGCAAAAGAUCUUAUUAGUAAACUCUUGUGUAAUGUUAACCAAAGGUUGGGGACAAAUGGCGCAAGUGAAAUAAAGGUUCAUCCUUGGUUUGAAGGUACUGAAUGGGAAAAGCUUUACCAGAUGGAUGCUGCAUUUAUUCCAGAGGUCAACGAUGAUCUGGAUACUCAAAAUUUUGAAAAGUUUGAAGAGGCUGACCACCAAGCUCAGACAUCACAAAAAACAGGGCCCUGGAGAAAGAUGCUCUCCUCCAAGGACAUCAAUUUUGUGGGCUACACAUAUAAAAAUUUUGAAAUUGUCAACGAUUAUCAAGUACCUGGGAUGGCCUCAUUGAAGAAGAAGACCAAUACAUCAAAACGGCCAUCCAUAAAAACUCUUUUUGAUGCUGAGUCAGAGUCAUCGGAGACAUCGGACACACCUGGAAGUGAACAACCUGUGCAAGGCAGCUUUUUGAACAUGUUGCCUCCUGAAUUAGAAGUAUCUCAACGCCGAAGUGAUUCUACCUAACUUGGCCAAUCCAUCAGAUGGACUUGGAGCUUGUCCGUCAACUGAAUUUUGACUUUCAAGUACUUACAUGCAAAUCCUUAUGCUGCCUUUUGAGCCUGUAUAUUUUUCAUGGUUCUGUCAGCUGGAGAUCUUCGAGGUUUGAUGAAAAUAUCAGUCUCCAAGUUCUGAAGGAGGAUGAUGGAUCUUGAAGAAGCAACUAAUAUUGAGCCUUCUGAGAUAAGCUAGCGGCCUGUAAGUUUCUCUUUUAUCAACAUGUUCAAGAGUAAAUAUCCAUUCUCUUUUGUAAUCUUUUUUCCAUCCUUUCUUGUUGUCACAUUGUCAAAUACCAAAUAUUGUACAAAGACACUCUCA